CAAAACAAACAAUACCUUAACGUUCUCAUUCUUCCGUUCGUAACCGUCGGAGGCCGCAGCGCCUCUAUCUCCCUGCGAGCUUCGUCUCUCUCCCUCCCAUUCUCUCUAUAUCUCUCUAGGUUUGUUUGGCAGAGUCAGAGAUGGAGUUCGUGAAUCCUGAAGGACUCCGUUUAGAUGGUCGCCGCGCCAUGGAAAUGAGGCAACUUCGAGCUCAGAUUGGCGCCGUCUCGAAAGCUGAUGGCUCAGCUGUUUUCGAGAUGGGCAACACCAAAGUUAUUGCUGCAGUGUAUGGCCCUAGAGAGGUACAAAAUAGGAGCCAACAGAUGAGUGAUCAGGCACUGGUGCGUUGUGAGUAUAGCAUGGCUAACUUUAGUACUGGUGAUCGAAUGAGAAAACCAAAGGGUGACAGGCGAUCAACAGAGUUAUCUCUUGUUAUACGCCAGACAAUGGAAGCUUGCAUAUUGACUCACUUGAUGCCUCAUUCUCAGAUAGAUAUUUUCGUACAAGUUCUCCAAGCAGAUGGAGGCACUCGAUCUGCAUGUAUCAAUGCUGCGACUCUAGCCCUUGCUGAUGCUGGGAUUCCAAUGCGUGACCUUGUUACUUCCUGUAGUGCUGGUUACCUCAAUAACACUUCUUUGCUUGACUUGAACUACGUUGAAGAUAGUGCUGGAGGCCCUGAUGUCACAGUUGGAAUUCUCCCUACAUUGGACAAAGUGACUCUACUUCAGAUGGAUGCUAAGUUACCCAUGGACAUCUUCGAAAACGUAAUGCAACUUGCAAUAGAAGGCUGUAAAGCAGUAGCAAAUUAUAUUCGAGAAGUAUUGCAAGAGAAUACAAAGCAAUUGGAGGUUCGCCGCGGUGUAUAGGUUUUGAUCAGGUCUUUUAUUCAUGUUGGUACACUUGGCCUGUCUAAUGGGGGAACACUGGGGUCUUCCAGUUUCCGUCAGUGUUUUAGAAUAUUGGAUGCCGUGGUUUGCGUUCUGGUUCUGUUUGGGACCAAGCUGAAUGGGUGGUCUGAUUGUUCAUAUCAGCCUAUCAUAGUCAAUUUUUUGCAAUGGAACUGUAUUAUCCAAAUUUUCUUACUCUGGAAGAAAUUUCUGCAGUACUAGUGUAGGUUGUCUUUAUAAAACGUUGAAAAUCCAAUUUUCAAACUUUGCAAGCAAUGUCUUCAAUGGUUAACC